AUGAGAGAAAACGGCGGUUAUUCAUGGUGGAAAAGAAACUCAUUAACCGUGUUCUUAAAUAAAAAGAUUUACAAAGAUCCCAAUGAAACUGAAAAUCAAUCAAAAGACAUGUCAGAAGAGGAGAGAGAUUAUGAUCCACGAGAGGAUUUGAACGAAAAAUAUGACCAAAUUAAAGACGUCGACAGUGAAGAUUACCAAGAUACAGAUAAAGAAUCUUUGCAGCAUGUGAAAUUUGAAACGAGGGUAACUAAUCUGAUGGAAGAACUGGGUUACGACGAAACAUUCCUCGAAGAAUUUACCGAAAGGAUGAAAACGGCCAAAAAAUCGAACAAUAUCUUAAAACAGAAACUCAACCAAUUAGAAGACGAUAAUGAAAGCUUAGUGGAAGAAUGGGAGAACGACCUAAACGAAUACCAAAAUGACAACCCACUCGGCAUGACGGAAGAGAAUUUUAAACGUUUCGAAGACGAUAUGAUGUCAGAGUUUGAAAGGGAAAGAUCGAAUUACUUUAACAAAAAAACGAGUGAAGAAGAUGGCUAUACGGACGAUGAAGACUUUACAGUGGAACAACCACCUUUUUUGGGGAAUGGAAAUGAUCCAGACAUAAUCUACGACUAA